UAAAAGAAAUGUGGACCACAAACUAUCUGUCAUCACAAACUGAAACGGAUGAUUUUGACCUGUUUCCGCCUUUCGCAAAGCGAUCAAAGGAAGUGACUCGUUCCCAUGAGGAGAACGUGUUACCUGUGCAGCCUCAAUAUGACGAGACUUCCUGGAAGACAGCUGUGCCAAUAUCAUGUGAGGACUUGUUCACAUAUGAACCCUUUCUUGCUUCAGCCCUGUACUCCAGUUCACCUUUUGGGAUGGUGAGCAGACAUAAAAAAGUGAGCACGAGCCUGACUCAUGAGAAUCUGCCACAUCCUUCACAGCUGAUGUGUAGAAUGAGAAGAUACCACAGACGACAGAAACACACUCCAAGUGUUCUGCAACAUAUAGGAGAACUCAGGAUGAAACAGCGUCAUAUAAAUGAGCUGAAGGGGGACAAAUGGUGGGGUGCCACAGCUGUGCCCAGGCUGGAGGACAGCAGCGGCUCACUACCUGAGGGUGGAGAUGAGCAGCUUAUCGGACCUGCAGCUGGUGUUAGCUUCAGUGCUAUGCUAAUGGACAAUCCUGAUGUGACCAUGACAAUGCCUUAUGAAGCUGCUUCCUCACCGACUCUUAUGUUCUCAGAAUAUGAGCAGUUUCAUGACCUUGCUCCAGGAGGGAACCCCAUGAUGGCGUUUGUUUCAGGAACAGCCCAUAGAUCGCUCUUGAUGGCUGAUAAUGUGUGUGCCACAGUCAAUUCUGGGACAUCUGAUAGGAUCCUUGGGAACAAUGAUGAUACGAUGUCACUUUUUUACUAGUUUCCGCAGUUUGAGCCAUGUGUUGGCCUAUGAUUCUACUUUUUUUUUCUCUCAAUAUCUACUGUUCUGUUAAGUCUUAAUGCAGUUUUAUAUAUAAUUGUAAUUGCUUUUCAUGGUUGCAAAUGUUUUAAUGUUCAGUCUAGUGUUUAGCGUUAAUGUUAGACAACUGGUAUAACAUUUCAAGUGUGUGAUGCUUGUCUUAUCAAUCUUUAAAAAGAAAAGACUCUCAGGACCAGACCAAAGUUCAGUUCUGCUUAUAGUCAUUUGCAAAUUAAAUGUAUAUUAAUGGAAAUACAUAUUUACUGUAUAAGCAUUCAUUAUUAGCUGUAUUGAAUUUGAAUAUGCUUGAUCAAACAGGUUAAA